UGCUUCCCCUUAUUGAUAUUUUUGUCAAGGUUAUGCUGCAAUUUUUUUUUCUUUCUUUUUUUGCAAUGCUAAGUUACAUAAUCUAUGUUUAGAGUCUGAAAAUUUUCUUGACUGAAAUAUAGUGAAAUCCGAUGGUUGUUAGUUGUUACAUCUUGCUACUUUUGCUAUUACAUGCUUGCUUGCUACCCUAAAAAAACUAUUUGUGCGUAGCUGUGUGGUUUUGGUGUAGCCGGGCGUUGUGCAAGUGAGUUGUUCGAUAAAAUGUCUAGGUGAAAAUUUAGUAUUAGUAAUGCAUUAUUUGGUUACCCUUUUUGAUACUUGCAUAAAGUUUAGUAUUAUACAAUCAAUUAUUUAGUUGUCAUUUUUGUUGCCCGCACAAAGAAUUUUGAUACUCACAUAAAGUUUCAUGUUGUGUGAUUAGUAAUACACAAAUUAAAACAAUUAACAUGAUCAGCAUAACUCUUAUGUGUUAUUUUUAAACAAAGAGUAAAUAGGACAUGUAUUUCUAAGCUUUGCAUUAUAAUUUAUGUAUUACGAUUAGUUAUCGAUAAAAUGUCUUGGUGAAAAUUAGGUGUUAGAUUUUUUGGAUUAAGUUCUUAUUUGGUUACUCCAUCUCUUGUUUUCAGCUUGUUUGGGAAACUUUGUUGUUGAGCGGAAAGCUUGGUUACAUAUCUGAGGACUAUCUAUGGAGGGGGAAGAGGAUCCGGUGAAGAAAGAGAGGGUGGUAGAGGCGAGAGCAAGAAAUAUCAGCCAUAAUGUCAGGUGUACAGAGUGUGGCAGUCAAUCCAUUGAAGAUUCUCAAGCUGACAUUGCCAUACUCCUCAGGAAGCUAAUUCGGGAUGAAAUUAAAGCUGGGAAGUCUGAUAAGGAGAUCUACACGAAGCUUGAGGAUGAUUUUGGUGAAACAGUACUUUAUGCCCCAAAAUUUGAUAUGCAAACGGCUACUUUAUGGCUCUCUCCGCUACUAGUUGCUGGUGCUGCUGGAGGUUUGUGGGCUUACAAGAAGCACAGACAGAAGACCAAUGUGCACAUUAUGGCUUUGAAUCUCGUUCGAGGAAUUCCAUUAACACCAAAGGAGAAAGAAACAAUGCUCGAUGUCCUCACGCCACCUCCUGGGGGAACAUCUUCCUUGAGUUGGUGGAGAAGAUGGCUUCAGCAAUGAAAACUUCUUUUACCUGUCAUCGCUUCCUUGCAUUCUAUUUUAUCUGCUAGAAUAUAUUAAGUUGUCAGCUAGUCAAGAAGCCAUCCUAUCCAUGUCAUUUUGCAUUGGCGUGUUUGAAUUAGUCAUACAUCAUCGUGAUUAUACAAUUUUCUUAAGGGUAUACUCUGAUAUAAGUGAUC